AUGGUGCCUGAAUUUGUAGCCAACUAUAACGCGGCGUAUUCUAGUGUCAUCGAUAACACCCCUUACACCCUGGAAACAAGUCGCGUUUAUCCCCACCACACAGACAGCCAUGUCGAAGCUGUUCUCGAUGAAGCGCUGGGCUGUACGGAGCCGACAGUUUCGCUCACACAGAUGCCUCUCCUACGCGAUGAACAAGCCGCAGUUGCAGUCGAGAAGGCCCGAGCUUCCCAGAAACUGUCGGCGGACCGAUACCGCAUCAAUCCCCCAAUGAUUAAGAUUGGCCGAGAGGUGCUGUAUACGCCGAUAGCUCCCCCCGGGGCACAAAUUCGCCAAGGAUUGGCUGGGACCCGCUACAGUGCUGGCGCAUGUGGCACCCUUCUCAAUAAGGAGUACCGAAUGCAUCUCAAGAAUAUCAUGGCGUGUAUCCCUCCGAUUGGACGCAAGGAUCGCAGACCGAUGGGCACGAUUGCGGCCACUCCGUUCGGCCAGUGGUUCUGCUAUUCUUCUCAGUUCGCGGAUGAAGACGACGACCAUACACGUUCUGUGGUCAAGGCCUUCCGCACGAGUGUGCCUGCACAACGCUAUUUUGGUGCUUGCAAUGGGGCGUUCCGACACUGGAACGUCGUCUUAAAUGCAACGGGUCGAUCUCGGGGUGACGAUUUCACUCUUGAUGAUGAGACUCACUUUCUUUUUCAUGCUCCUAAUAUUCCUAUUCCUAUUCCUAAUGCUAAAACAGGUCUCACUGACCUUAAGAAGGCGUAUCUCUUUGCUAACAAUCGCGCUGAGCGAGGUAGCCAACUGGCGAAAUAG